AUGCCUCCUCGGCGGGAGCGAAAGCCGUGGACCUUGCCGCCACCUCCAGGGCCCUCGUUACGCCAGCGAGUUGAACAGAAAGAGCGCGAGCAGGGUUUAAGAUGUUCCGAUACAUCAUGCGGGAUCGGUCCGUCAGAUGACGAGCCUUACCCUCCUCUCUCUCACUUGUCAAUGAAAGAGGUAUCGAUACACAAGCAAGUCGAUGGGGCUAUCGUGACCUCCGGCGCGGUGUGCGCGCAUAAGUUCCACCCUGCCUGUUUGGUCAGUGCUGAACGCGUUGCGGGAUGGGGUGGAAAAGAGACGAACGAUCCCAUGGUUGAAGUGUCGUGUCCGGUGUGCAGAGCCGUCGGAUGUGUGACGCGGUCAGAGUGGGAGGAAGGUAUUGUUGCUCUCUAG